AGCUGAGAUUGAUAAACGUUUACGAGAUCGAGAACUAACUGUUAGAUUAUAAUUUCUAGUAAAAGUGAAAUAAUUUGAUAGAUGAUGACACUUGACCAACCAUGGCGUAUCUGGGGAAAGUGAAACCAGUGGAUUUUGUGAAAGCAAAGAAAAAGAACUUGGAAUCUCUGCAAGCAAGGAGGUCAUAUGAUCAAGAAAUCAAAGGAAAGCAGGAAAUUGCGGGAAAGGAAGCAAGGGAAUUUUAUGAGAGUCUUAUUGCUGAAUCUCCAUCAAGUCAGAAGAAGUCAUCUGAUAGUACAUUAGAGGAUGAUGGUGAUCGUUACUGCCAAAAGAAACCUGAAACCGGGAAUAAACGAGUGAAAUAUAAAUCAUCCAAAUCAAAGCUGCCUGCUUCUGAUUCUCCCGGGACUAACAGCUUGACAAAUUCAGUGCAUAAACCCAGAAGUGAACAAGGCAUUCACCUGUUACUUAGGCUCUGCCAAGAGGGAAAUCUUGGCGAAAUCAGGAAAAUUGUCAAAGAAGGGAACAGCAACUUGGACGAUGCUGAUCGGUUUGGGUGGAAUGCACUGAUGUGUGCUGCGUACAGUGGCCAUGUAGAUGUGGUGAAGUACCUUGGAAGAAAACAUCCUGCAGGGCUGACACACAGGAACAAGCAGGGGCAGACUGUUCUAGAGUUGGCACAAAGAGCAGGCCACGAUGACGUUGUGGAAUCGCUAGAGCAGAUGGAGAGGAAAGAGCAUCGUUUUGAUCGUCGAACUAGGAAUAUUGAGGGUUAUUCUCAAAGUAGGCAACCUGUCUGGUGCGAGAAGUGUGAGUCUGAGUUUAAGGACGAGAUACGGACCCAUCGGCACUCCACCGCUCAUCUGUUCAGCUGCGGCCAUGGCCCUCGGCCGACCCACUACCACCUCCCGGAAUCCAACCGUGGUUUUCAGAUGAUGCUUCACGAAGGUUGGGACAAGGAGAAGGGGCUUGGAAAGGAAGGUGAAGGACAAAAGUUCCCGGUCAAGACGAUCUUGAAGAGAGAUCGCGAAGGUUUGGGCUCGGCAGACAGUGAUGUGAGGCCCAGAAUUACACAUUUUAAACCCUUUGAUACCGAUGCUGUGAAAAGACCAAAGAAAGAAAAGAACGAAAGAAAGAAAGCCGUUGCUGUAGAGGAUACAAAUAGAACCAGAUACUCCAAGAGCCAUAGACAUAAAGCUAUGGAAAUUGACUUUAGGAUGUCAUUUCAUACACAACCGUAAAGCGUAUAAGUUUAUUACAGAUUAUGACAAGCUACAGGACAUUGGAUGAAAAAGUUCCCUUGCAAAACAAUGAUUUCUUCCCUCACUGUAGUUUCUUUUCAUCAACUUGCUUUUAGAAAAUGUGAUUUAUCCAAUAAUAAUCACACAUUGAACAAGUGCACUUUUUUUCUUUCUUCAAAUUCAUAAGAUCAGUAAUCACAGAUCACUGGAAUGUUUAAAAAGAUUUAUGUGAUAGUCUCUGAUAAAGGUUCUGACUUUCUGGCAGGUAUUAUUAUUUAGUAUUUUAUAUUUUGAGACACUGUUCAUAUAAACAUAUACCGAUAGUUAAAUGUAUAUAAAGACCGCUCAAGGGAGACGAGAAAAAAAGUCUGUAAGAGCAGGUGGUCUUUAUGUACAGGUUCAUUUAGUACAUUUUUUUGAUGGGAAACUACAUUUAUUUUUCAAGGGAAACAGAAAAUGUGGUCUUUCUAGGCAGGUGGUCUCUCUAUUCAGAUGGUCGCUAAAACAGGUUAUAUUGUAUAUGAUAUAUCUUUGUAAUUUAUCAAAAAUGAAUAGACUACCUUGAAAAAUAUUUUGCUAGAAUUCUUAUUAUUUCUCAUUCACCCAUGAUGAGGUAGAAAGCAACCCAUGUGCUCUGGAAUAUAUGCAUUGUCACUAAAUACCUCCUUGAUGUAAAAUGUUGCUAAAAUUAAGAUUUUCAGAUUAGGUCUUGUUAAAAUGUUAUAUAAUAAUCAAAAUAAUGUAGAAUUUAGGGGAACAGUGUAUUGAAAGUAGAAAACAGAUUAAUUUAAGAGGAUGGAUAUACAACACUUAUCUUUUUUCCUAUAAUGUUCAAUGCCAAUGAAUUAAAAACAUUUCAUAUGAAAUUUGGUUAAUUAAUGCCCUAAUUUUCACUGUACCAUGACAAACACUGUGGCAUCAUAUAUCAAACAGCACCCUCUUUCAAUGUUUUUCCAUGGCAAUGCAAGGGCAUGUUGGACAUACAUGUAGUGGAGCUCUUUUCCUUGGGUGUGAGGCGUUAUUUUUUUCUAUAAAAAGUGUCUAAAUAUGCUGAUUUGAAUGCUGGUACAGAAAUGGAUGUAUUUGGAUCUAUUUAUGUGCACUGUCCAUGCUAGAAUACCAACCAACAUUUUUAUCAUGUUCUUAGCUCACCUUUGAGACAUGGAAAAGCAAGAAUAUGUGCUUGUCAGCCCGAAAAUAUAUAUAUAUAUAUAUAUAUAUAUAUAUAUAAAAUAGAAAUUAUUUAUUAUCUUUAUAUCAUUCAUACAAAAGAACCUGACAGAAGCUGAUUGCUUGAGGUAUUUGGUAUAUUAUGAUAUAUUUUGACUGUCUAUGUUGUAAAAAUGAUGAAGUAUUUGUACUUUUUACAUGAAUAAAGAUAAAUAAAUAACUGCUGGUGACUGGGUUACAGAUA